AACAUUAUUCCUUAUAUUAUUGCCUCAUUUAUCAAGAGAUUUUAAAUGACUCAAAGCAGCAACUGAAUCGUAAAUAUUUAAAGAAUUUCUGUCAAUCAAAAAUCGGUAAUCAAACAUCUAUUUCAUACGUCAAACGACUAAAUUAUUAACGUCGUUUCUUUUCUCUUUGUUAUCGUCCUAUUCAUCAGAAUGAUUCGAAGUGCCAAUUUGUCCGGAUCGUAAAUACCUAGAAGAGACUACAUCACGAAAUGGAAACCUUACAAAAAUCGCUCACCUGGAUCGUAAAUAUCCUAGAAGAGGCUGUAUCUAUCAUAGAGAGAAACGGGACAAUGCGCGUGAAUAGAAAACACGUUUCUUCCAAGGCGAUGAAAUUUCCCGAUUUGGAUGAUCCGUGACAAUACGACACACGUGAAUCAUCGGAAGAACGUUCGCAUUAAUUGCGCGGGUACUUUCACCUCGGCUGUGAAAAUGACGGUCGAAUCGAGCAGCGAGCGGUGGCGUCGAAAGAGACGAAAAGAACGGGUUAAAAGCGGUUUAUUGGCGGAGGACUGCAAAGGAUGGCCGCUUCUUUCGUUCCAGAUUAUUUCCUCCCAUUAUUCGUCGAAGACGUCUACCAUAAAAAGGGGGCAAACAGAUCCGGCGACAGCUGCUUGGCUAUUAAAAGCGACUUAAACCUCAAACCCCCUCGACACGAUCGCAAAAGUUACCUCUCUCGUUCCACGCCUCCUCCCUCCCUUCUUCUCCACCACCCUUGGCGAUUACGCACAAAGCCAACGCGUGUACACACAGACCGAGACUUUUCCUAGCAAAUAAGCAAAUUGCUAAAUGAGCCGUAACUUCCGCGGCCACAAAGAAAUAAUGGGGAGGAAAGGUUCAAACUUCGUAAGGGAGGCGCGUGAUCUUUUCCUCGUGGAAACGAAGGUUCGAAGGAAGGUUUCCGCGAUUGGGAAAAUUGUAUCGUUUUGAUUUAAAUAAAGUAUCUCGUAUAGAGAAAGGUGAGUCACUUAGGAUUUUGAGUAAACGGAAGUCUAUUUUUUUUUAUUUUGAUUUUCUGGUUUUUUUCUUUUCACGGUAAAUGGUUAAAAGCUUAACACGUCAAAAUUAAAUCGACGAGUGAAGUUUUAAAAAAUUAGAGAUUCAUAAAUGUCGGAGGGAAAAAAAGAGAGAAUUAUUGAAUUAUAUGGGAUUUCGAAAUAAAGUUUUAUACGAACGUUUUGCACGCGUUCAAUCUCUUCAAGUAAUCAACAAAUUGAACAGUCAUUAGUAUUAAUUGCCUCAUUUGUUAAUUACCAUUAACGCUCUUGUAACGAUUUAUACGCCAUAUUACGAAUCCUCGAUCCGCACAGGCUACAAAACAGUUUUGGGUAAGCAUUUUGUGUUGGCGCAUUACGUAAAUUCUAUCCAUUGACGUAAUUAAAAAUAAAAUGGAAAUAUAUUUAUAUAAAUAUGAAUUUUCACGACAUUAAUCUCUGAUAUUUACAAAAUAUACUUUAUUAGCGCAUAACAAAACGAAUAAAUCGAAGUUGAGCAUAAUUUAUUAGUGGAAAAGAGAGAAAUGAAAGUUGAAGUCCAUUGUAAUAGAUUCUUCCGUAUUUCUUUCGUUUUUCUCUCUUCAACGUUGGACUGAGAAAAUUAUUUAACGAAAGUAUCAAAAUAUUAGAGAAAAACAAAAAAUUUGAGAUAAAACCAAACGACUAGUGGAGAAUAAACAACCGGCUCUUUCUAGAUACUUUCUGUGUAAUAUUUCUAAUGGUAACUUCGAGUUCUCGAAUAAUAUACGAUCCCGCUUUCUCUUCGAAACUAAUUGGCAAAUCGUACACGUAAUUGGUUCAAUAGUUAACUGUUUGCCCGGCUUACCACAUUCUUUGGAUAAAGAGUAAAUAUAUUACGAAUAAAAAUAGAACAAUCUCAAAUCCUAUUUUGAAUUAAACAGAAAAAUGGAAAAUUAAAUUAUUAAAUAAUCGAAGAUUAAAUUAUAUUAUAAUACAGAUUUUCAUAAAUUAACCUUGUUUUAUUAUUUACAUUUCACGUUUAAGAAGGGAAAUACAUAUGUGCAAUUUUAGUAGAACUAUAAACGUAAGUGACGAUAUUACGGUAAGAAUACUUAAUUAGAGAAUUACUUGUCCUGAAUUCUUGACACUUUCAUCUUCCCCUUGCAUCUGCUUCAUUUAAACAAUACAGCAAAGAACAUAUCACUAUAUUUGUCAUAUUUACAGUAAAGCUAAACAUUUCUAAAAGAUAAUCCAAAAUUGUCACUUUUCCAACUGAUUCCUAAAAAAUCAUCCUCCAAUUUUCCUCUAUUGAUUUACAAUUACUGCUACAAACUCCUAAUUUAAGAUUUUACACGGAAAAAAAAAAAUGUUCUUUACAUCCUACUUAACGAAACUAUUUUUAGUCGAUAAUGCAUGCUAUCACUUUGCUCCUUGCUCAAUACGAUGAACACCGGUGGAUCCUCUCCUUGCAGGUACGAUCCUCUCCGUUCACCAGAGGCUCUAACAGCUCGUAGCCACGGAUCUUUGACCAGUUUCUCGCCUCCUCCCUUACUCGUGUGCUCGCGUUCACACUCUGAUCGCCAUCCCUGUGGCCGGUUCCUCGUCCAACGAAAAACGAGUAGGUGAAGUAGGAGGAAAUAGAGUAGUAGUAGGAGGAUUCCACCUCCACGACGACCGGCAAAUCCUGCGGGACGGCUCGACGGACACCUGUAACCACGCAGACUCCCUGCAGCACGGGACGGUGCGAAGGAACUUCCCCGAUAGGGAACUCAUAUUGGUCACAGAUCAUUCAGGAUACCGCGCGUUGACGUCCGGUCUGCUGCCUCGAUUGAUCAUCCACCACGAUCAAUCGUCCUGUGACAGUGGAUGUGCCCGGGAUAAUUCCAUUUUACUACUUGUCUACGACGUUUCUUUACGAUUAAUAUAUUUUAGCAAGUCAAUGUAUAUAUACAUAUGUAUAUAUAUAUACGUCGUGCACGAUACGUUUUCAUCGAUGAGGAACUCUUGAAAAAUUGACGAUAAUUGGCGAUGCUCGCAGGAGGAAUUCGCGUGUGUGAUUUCUAAGGAUACUUUAUCAUCCUGUCGACAACUGUAAUUAUUGAAAGAGUGUUAUAUCUUUCGAUGUAAAAUUUAUAUAUUCUUAUCUUCGUAAAAGCGGUAUCUUUUGGUUGUCCUCUUUCUUGUUUCUCUUUUAUUCUUUUAUUCUUUGAUUUUAGAAUUUUUUUUACUCUUUGAGAAGGAGAAUAAUGUAAAAAUUGUAAAGUUUGGUUUUUAUAUAUAUAUAUAUUGGGAAAAGUAGUGUGAAUAUUUUGUAGAAUUCAUCGAUGAUGGAUAUAUCAAAGACACCGCGAUUGUUCGUGAAACGAUCGACCGAUCAUCGAGAGAAACACAGUGGAGCCUGAAGAAAACGUGAUAUCGCGUGUGAAGAUAGAAAGUCUCGAACAUUGAAAAAUUCAUGAAACAAAAGUUCUUAUGCGUCAACGACGAGGAAGAAUGCCGAUCUUCUAGAAUGUAAAGUGACAUGAAGAUGACGAUAAUAAAGAGAAGCAGUGCUAAAGCUUGGCUGCUCUUGCUGCUGUUGCUGAUUCACGAUGGCAGGUGCAUCAAGUGGCUGGCUCUUGGCCGUACCGAAGAUGGGUAUACAUGGACAAGGGAGGCUUGCACAAGCGCGAAAAACUCUGGGCUUUUGGAGAGAAAGCAGGCAAGAGCGUGCAGAGCUACGCCAGAUGUGAUGCCCAGCUUGGUACAAGCAGCGAGGGAUACUUCAACAGUAUGUCAGCAAACAUUUCGACAUCGGAGAUGGAAUUGUAGUAGCAUCGAGCGUGCACCAGAUUAUACGCCUGAAUUACUUACUGGAACCAGGGAACAAGCAUUCGUGUAUGCAAUGUCAGCAGCAGCUGCAGUUUGGAGGUUAGCGAGAGGAUGCGCUCUGGGCAGUCUUGCAGCAUGUUCCUGUGCCACACCACCACGAAGGGAGCCUCCAUCACCUUCUGCCUUGAUCUCACCUUCAUCUUUCACUGCGACAUCUGUCUCCUUUGGAACGUUGUCUGCCAGAAACUCUUUCAAAUGGGGCGGUUGCGGCGAUGACGUUAGAUCGGCGUCCAGAAUGGCCAAGAGGUUUCUCCAAGGCGCAACGCCUCCAGGCACAGGUGCAACCGCGAAGUUUAUGCACGCUGUUAACAUGCACAACAACCGAGCGGGUCGAAGGGCAGUGGAACAAUCCUUAACCCUUGAAUGUAAGUGUCACGGAGUGUCUGGAUCAUGCAGUGUACGUACCUGUUGGAGAGGGCUUGGUUCUUCGGGACCGGCAGCAGCAGGAAGUCGUUUGCUUCGAAGAUAUGCAACUGCAGCAGAAGUACGACCAAGGUCAGGAGGCAGAUUACCACCCUUAUAUCAUCACGAUAAUCUAUUAUAUACUACAAAAAGUCCAGAUUAUUGUCUCCCCGACAAGAAAAGAGGAAGUCUUGGAACUGUUGGCAGACAAUGUAACGGCAGCAGUACCGGAUACGAAGGUUGCGAGUAUCUCUGUUGCAGCCGGGGACACGUGACGAGAACGGAAGAGGUUUUGGAGAGAUGCGAUUGCAAAUAUAUCAGUUGCUGUUACGUAAAGUGUAAAACGUGCAGAAAAGUUAUGAAAACGUACGAAUGCAAAUAAAUAGAUGGGGAUUCCUAGAAAUUUUAGAAUAAUAAAAAAUUUAUCCUGAUUAUCGACAGUUCGAAUGACAGAAAUUCAUUUCCAUCGCUUUUCACCACAUAUGGGAUUCCCCGUAAGCGAUAAAAUUGUCCAUUGCGAGUAAUUACUUAUUUAUAUAUGGUGCGAUUAAUUGUCGUGAUAAUUUAAAACGAUUAAAAAAUAUUACCAGUUGGAACGCGUAUUUGUAGUUAUUUUUAGAGAUUCCGUCGAUAUUAUAUAGGGGGGAACGUUGACGCAAACAAAUAAAUUAUAUAAUUACUUUAAGUGAAUUAUCAAUGAUGAAAACGUUGAAUUAAAAAAAAAAUACGUUAUAUUAAAAAAACUUAAUAAAAAAUUCUUAUUUA